AUGGCAUCUUGGUUGAUUGACACACCGCUAGGAGAGCUCAUCCGGGGAUCUCUAGGAUCGCGAUGGUUACCCUUCCCCGAAGAACAGGAACACUGGACCCUCAGCGAUGCUGGCUUUGCCGACGGUGAGAAGAACGAGCACCCAUUGCAGCAACAACUGUGCCCCCUUCCCGCCCAGCUCGUGGGCUGGUAUGGAAACGAUGACCCGGCCAAUCCCCAAAAUUGGUCGCCCAUGAAGAAGGCCCGGGUCUAUUUGACCAUAAACUAUUGUGCCUGCACGGUGUAUAUGUCCUCCAGCAUUUAUACUUCGUCCCAGGAUGCGGUAGAAGAGGUAUUUCAUGCUUCUAGCACGGUGGCCAGUCUUGGUCUCGCCUUGUUUGUGCUGGCAUACGGAAUUGGUCCCCUCUUAUUUGCACCUAUCUCCGAGGUACAUUCAAUUGGACGUAAUAUUCCAUAUAUUGUCUCUCUGGCGAUCUUCAUCAUCAUAUCUGUGCUCACGGCCACUGCAUCAAAUUUGAGUGGCCUCUUAACGUUGCGCUUCUUGCAAGGCUUCUUCGGCUCGCCUGCCCUCGCAACCGGGGGUGCAUCGUUGUCAGAUGUGAGCGAUACAGUCUGGAAGCCGUUCGCUCUGUACACUUGGGCCUUCUUCUCUUUCGUGGGACCGUCGAUCGGGCCCGUGCUUAGUACGGUGGCCGUAGAAAGGCUCGGAUGGAGGUGGAGUCUGUGGGAGAUCGUCUUUCUCACCACCCCGGCGUUCCUGUCUACCGAGCAGCUCAUUCUUCCCGAAACAUCUGGCCCAAACAUCCUGUACCGCCGUGCUCAACGCCUGAAUCGGCGCUUCCCUAGGCGUGAGUUUCAUCUGGCCGAGGACAGCACAGUGCCCGACCGUCGGGCAUUGCAGGCCAUGCUUGUGCAGGCCCUGGUCACUCCGUGGCAAGUGCAUCUGCUCUCUCCGGCGAUCAUGUUCAGCAGUGUAUACUGCGGCCUCGUAUAUGGCAUUUUCUACACGUUUUUCGAGACCUUUCCGAUUGCCUACACUGAGAUCCAUCACAUGAGCUCGAUCUCUACCGCGCUCGUGUACUUGUCAACCAUGAUCGCGGUUAUCCUGGUGGGUAUUCCCUACCUUAUCUACAUCUACUGUGUGGUCAAUCCGAUCGUCGCGCGCGGCGAGCGUAUUACCCCCGAAUGGCGGCUAAUCCCGGCGGUGAUCGCGUCAUUCAUUAUCCCGGCGGGUCUAUUCCUCUUCUCCUGGACGGUGCGGACAGACAUCCACUGGAUGGUCCCUACUGUUGGCGUGGUAUUCGCCACGGGUGGCAUGUGCAUUGUGCUACAGAGCAUUUUUGUGUACAUUACACUGGCAUACACACAGUAUGCGGCCUCAAUCCUUGGGGGCAAUGGUUUUAUAAAAUCGUGUGUGGCAUGCGCCGCUAUCUUGUGGUCUGCUCCUCUAUAUAAUGACAUGGGGCUUCCCGUUGGUGUGUCAAUUCUGGGAGCGUUGUGUGUCCUGGGAGUGGUAGGCAUCGUGUUGUUGUACAGAUUCGGAGGGAUUCUCCGCGCAAGGAGCCGAUUUGCACAGUGGAAUGAGAAAUAA